AUAUCUGGAAGUACAGACAGGCUGAGAGGUGAGACACAGGUGGGAGGAGGGAAGGAGGGGUGUCAGAGUCCGCUCAUAAACUGAUCACCUGAGUCACCAGGUGUGGAGCAGGUUCCCUCACAGGUCUUCUCUGUUUGUCCUGAACCCGUCUCACCCGUCCUCACCUGUCUCCCUUCACCUGCCGGCCGACGGGACUCAGGCAGCCGCUGAGAAACAUGGAGUCCACAGGAGGAGACAACAAGGAAGAGACAUCCAGGAUAAUUCUGGGGGAUCAGAAGAUUGACACCAAGCAGCACUCUCCUUCAAAUGAAACCACUUCUAUAACAACAACCCAGACAGAAGACGAGGAACCAGGUGGAGGCAGAGCUGCUACAGCGGUGCCAGGUGAGGACUCGGCAGGAGAUGAAGGAGAAGAAGGAGAAGCAGAAGAAGUAGAAGUAGGAAGAGAAGAAACUGCUGCGGAUGAACCUGCAGAUGAACCUGCAGAUGAAGAGGCAGCUGAGGAGUCCGAGGGACCAGAGCAGAAACAACCAGCCGGCAGAGGCAGACCAGCUCCCCCCAGCAGUCUGCCUCUGACGGGGGACCGACAAAUGAAGAAGAAAGUGCUGGCGGCUCCAUCUCUGAGUCUGUCCUUAGGUGGGACCGGCUCCAUAACGUCGGACGACCUGCAUUCGGCCGCCCUCUCCCCCUCACCCGAGGACGCAGAGGACGCAGAGGACGCAGAGGACGCGGCGCUCGACUUUGAUUUGGACGGCAUGGAGACGCCGUCCGACAGCGAAUCCCUGCACUUCCCCAUCUAUGACCUGGAUAUUGAAGAUGACCUGCGGCGGCUCGGCUGGGCCUCCCAUCGCCGCAGAGCGUCUGGGUCCAGGUCCAGGUCGGGUUCUGGACCUGGUCCUGACCAGUUUGGACUUGGAGCUUUGGAAAGGGAGGACGCGGUGGACAGCGAAGGCACCAGGUGGCGUUGCUUCACAACGGGUGACCCUCCUCAGGAUUCGAGGGUCAACAUGAGCGUCCUGGAGCCUUAUCUCAGGGUUCUGUCACAUGGAGGCUAUUAUGGAGACGGUCAGAAUGACAUCAUUGUUUUUUCCUCCUGUUACCUUCCGGACAACACUCUGGAAAACUACCAGUAUGUGAUGGACAACCUCUUCAGGUUUGUCACCGGGACCCUGGAGCUGAUGGUGGCAGAAAACUAUGUGAUAGUUUAUUUUUGUGCUGGAGGUCAGAAGGAGAAACUCCCUGGAAUCGGCUGGCUUAAAGAGUGCUACACCACCAUUGACCGGAGGCUGAGGAAGAACCUGAAGGGUUUCUAUGUGGUUCAUCCCACCUGGUACAUAAAAAUCCUCAUCACCGUCAUCAAACCCUUCAUCAGCUCUAAGUUCAGCAGGAAGCUUCAGUUUGUCAACACGCUUCAGCAGCUUUCUCACCUCAUCCCUACUGAGCAUGUGCAGAUCCCAGACUGUGUCAGACAGUACGACCAGAACCAGUCCAGGUGAAGCUCUAGUACUGCCUGAACAGAUGGAAAUAUUCCACUCUGUGGUAUUUAUGUUCUCUCACCCUGCAGGGGGUUGCUUCUGCAUCUCCAGGACACUUUCAGUCUGUGUUUCGGGAUGAGGAAUACACUAGUUUUACAGUUUUUAUCAGUGUUGAUGGAGGUUUGGUUCUAUGUGUUUCAAAUAACAUACUUAAACAGGGAAGAGCAUCAUGCAAAUUAAGCUGGAACACACGCUGCCUAAUUAAACUAUUUUAUUGAAUUUUAUCUAUUUUUUUGUCAGAAUUUUAGCAGUAAAGUAAUUUGAAUUGUCAGUUCUUCAGACACAUUGUUAGGAGCCAAAGCUCUGAAAUCAACCACAAUAGAUAAAAAAAUCAACUGGUUUUUUUUUGUUUUGUUUUUUUACAACACAUCAGUUGUAUGUUUGUAUUUGCAAGUCAUGAACUUCAUGUGAACCGUCAUUUCGUAUUUUUAACAGACAUUUUAUAAAGGGGUUUAGGUAAACAAGAAAUAAAAUGUUUUAAGAUUUUGCACAUUUUUAGUCACUAGCUCCAUAACGCGGUGAAGGGUUUUUUAAAGUCGCCCUGUCUCUGCACUUUCAGUGUUAUGAAGACAAGUUUAGUCACCAGACCCAUCAGGAAAUGUGGUUGCUUACGUUUUCUGAUUUAUAUAAAAAUAAAAGUGGUUUACUGUUUUUGUCGUCUGACAUAA